AUGGCUUUUUCAGAAGCCCCUGUUGUGGCCACAACCGAUAAUCUGAACCAACUUACUAGCUGGCAUCGACGUACGAUCCAGCCUCGAAAUAUCCGGCCUACGCUCACUAGUCAGCUUGCGCGCAGCUUCGAGGGUGAUCUGGCUAUUCUCACAGCAUGUAUCUGCUGCCCUGUCGACGAUACGGGUGCACCUCGUAGACCUCAUACCCAGUCGACGUCCAUUUCACAUUCAUCUGCAUCCUCUUCCUUCUACUCUUCGGCCCUACAGACGACUACUUCGUUGUUGCCGGGUCUUUUGCAGCGCCGCCAACCCUAUGCAGAGAAAAGCAGUACUUCAGUAUGUCUUUGCGCACUAUCCGCUGUUCGAGCCAAGCGCGAGCUGUUGCACACAAAACAAAUGGUAAGCAAGGCAGUUUGGCAGACAUUAAACCAAACGUAUACUCCCAUUAAGUCUGAGCUUAGCCAACUGACUCUAAACUAA